AAAAAAAAAAACUCUCCAAAACACGCGAAUACGCGAUCAUCGUGCAAAAUUUCCCUGAAAUAGUUGGUGCCUAAAAUGUAUUGUCACUCACUCACUACUCAUUCCAAUGCAAAAGCUUGAAGAUUUGACGCCAGAAGAAAUGGCGGUCACUAAUCACAGAGAUUCAACAAAACCUAACACCAUGAUCGUCAAAUUUCGAGCUCGAGACUACACAGCAGAAGCAAAGGCACACUUUCUCCCUCGAAUUCCGACCGAUCUUCAUCCCUUCUCCUCCACUUCUUCUCUCUCUACAAAGGUUGAUGGCGUAGACGAAGAAGAGAAUGGCCCAUUGGAUCCUUUAAGAGCCCCAAGUGGCAGGAUAGUUGUUCCUUCUAAGGAUAAUAAGGGUUCUCUGGAUGCUUUUAAAUCAGAUAUAUCAGACAGUAAUUCAGUUGAACUUCUACGGAGAGAGUGGACUACUUUUAAAAGAUUCUUGGUGCAGAAGUUUCCCCCUUCUAGGACAGUGGCUAUUUCAUCGAUUGCUGAUUUGGUGAUUGGAAGCCAAAAGGCCUAUGAGAAAUCAUCAUCUGUGCAUCUGGAUGAAUUGGAUGAUUCGCAGGGAUCAGUUGAUGAGGAUGUGAAAUUUAUUACAGAGCAUGAGUACACUGCAAGAUUAACUGAAAUGAAGAAUGAAAUUCUUUGUGCUUGGGCUGCUGGCAAUCAUUUUAAGUCUCUGAAGUUAUCUGUCAAGGUUGCUAGGCUAUUGAGGGAUACAGCUUUGCUGCAAUUUUAUCCAACCUUAUUUACUCUGGCUACUGAUAUAUUGGAUAUGCUUGGGGAUAUGGUAUGGGAGCGCAUCAAGCGAAAGGUUGAAUAUUUGGAAGAUGGCGCCAAGAUCCGUGAGCUGCGAGAGGAUUUCCAAGUGAGUGAUAUUUGCUCAGAUGCAAAGGAUAUCUGCCACAAUUGGUUUUGCAAGAUUGGUUCCAUCCGUGAUCUGCUGCCUCGCAUCUACCUGGAGCUGGCAAUAUUGCCAUGUUGGCGAUUCUUAGUUGAUGACUCUGCUGAUGUGAUCCAACGUUUGAUCGCGAUGAUGCGUGGUCUUGGGAAUCCCUUGGCAUCUGCGUAUUGUCAUCUGUAUUUGGUCUACUGUGUUCAGAAAUUACCUCUACAUGAUAAUGGAUAUCUCGUUACUUGCAUAAGAGACAUUAAUCUUAUGAUGACACCUAUCAUAUCAUUGAAAGAAACUACAGAUAAUAGAAACAACAUGAGCAAUCAAGUCCUUGUUCACCUCAUGGAACCACCCAUGGAGUACAUCAUUAAAUGCAUAUUUAAGGAUCAUCAGCAAGGAUGCACUAUACGUGUCGGUCUUGGACUAGCAAGGAAUUUGUCAGAGUUGUUUGGCAAAUGUUCAUCGGUCUCACUCGUUCUUCAUCAUCUACUAAAGGAACUACCACCUGAAAUAGUUAGAUCUAAUGUUCUGCACAUUCUUGACCUCAUUGAGUGCAGCAUUGGUUCUUCCUUUGAUCAGUGUAUGAAUUUCAGAUUGCUUGGAUUCAGGCUUUAUGAAACAGAAGCUCCCAUGGAGAUGGUCAAUGUGGUUUUGGAGCGAGUGAUUAAGGAUGCUAGUCAAUACCAAGACCUGGAUGCUUAUCUGAAAGUCGUGGAUGGUUAUGUUGAUAUAGUCCUUCAAAAUCACAUGAAAACACAACUAGAAGUACUUCUUGGAGGGAUCGCAGAGCGGGCGUGUAGCAAAUGGAUUAAUGACAUUGAACUUGAUAGCUUGCAGUCUGUCCUUACUAAGAUUCUUAGUCAUACAAAGUGCUUGGAAGAUGUUUUAGAACUGGUACACCUCCUAUUGGCCUUACAUAACCUUUUUGCUGAAAUCAUCGAUGUCAUGCGUGGGACUGCAAAGAAUGCCAUUAAUAUGCGUAUUCUUGAAAUGGCUACAAGGAAUGGCUAUAUAAGGUGUCCUACUACUAUACAGUUCCUUUUGGAAGUUGGUCAAAGUCUGCAUGAUGGCAAAAGCUCCUCAAACAUGCUGGACAGUGAUAAUCAACCAUUGGAUCGUUUACUCUCUCGUUUUGUUGACAUGGUUGAAUAUGGGACAGAAUGGGAACGACACCUGGCAUUUUUAAUAGAAUGUCGUGCAACUUUUGCCAGUGCAGAUGAAGUGAAGGAAACUCUUGUUCAUCAUGCGAACUGCCUGGUGAUGAAGGCUUCAAAAGCUUCCAAACAACUUGUCUCUUUUGGCCGGUCAUGUUUAGCAUUUUCUGAGGCUACAAUUCCUUCUAUUGCAGCUCCUAUAAAGCAGUUGCAUCUUUAUCUUGAAACUGCCGAGGUCGCAUUGGCCAGUGGCUUAGUUUGUCAUUCAGAUGGAUUAAUAGAGUCAGCUAUAAGAACGCUUCAAAGUCUAAUCGCUGAGGAUUCACCAACACUGCUAGAUGUUGAUAGAAUCGUCUGUGUAAUACAGAAGCUUUGUGGCCUUUUGAUCAUGGUUCCAGGUAAUUCUAUGCUUGGAGUCACCUACAUCCCGAAGAACUUACUCUCGCUGGUUAACAAUCAUUCAUUGGUAAUGCCUGCAAGAUUGAGCGUUAGAACAUCCUGUGCAAAUAUUUUAUUGCUGGCAGCAUGGUCACAGCAUAAACUUCCAUAUACUCCUGGCGGCAUAAAGGAGAUGCAGGUUCCAGGCAAUGACCUUCUAUUUUUUGAUGAUUCAUCCUACCAUGAGGAGCUUGCUUCUUUUUGUGGUCGCAUUCUUCAAAACGUGGUUCUUGCCAUUAAGCAAGAAACUUGCCCAAAUGCUCGUGGAAAUCUAGCGCUUGAAGCUUGCAACUGCAUUGCAUCAGUAAUCAAGGUGGAUGAUAAUAUAUCACGUAUCUGCAAUGAAUUGGUAGAGAUGGCCACACCUUGUUUGAACACAAAUCAUAGUUACUUCUUCUCAACAUCCAAGUUUCUUGUCAAUCAAUUCCGUACUUGUAACAAUAAGCUAAGCUUGGCCUAGUGGAAGAAAUGCAUGUUCUAACCUCAAGGUUGGGAUUUCAAUUCUCACUAGAGAUACUUUAGGAAAGGGAAUUCCCUUAUCCUUUCCCUCCCACUCCCAAAGUGUCUUGUCAACUAAAGUAGAUUGGGUGGACUUGGAGAUAUUUCGACCCGAUAGAGACCUUCAUCUUACCUUUCUAAAAAAUUUGGUAGAGUAGCAAUAUCUAGUAGAUGAAAUGUUUCACCCAAAGUAAAAUAACGGGUAUUAACCGCUACAACAAGUGUAAUACUGUAAUGUAUAAGAUGUGAAUAGCUUGUGUAAAUUAUCUAAUAUGGAAAGAAUUGAAAAGGGAACAAAGACGAGUUUAGUAUGUUCUCUUAUAUGUUGUAGGAGUAGCUAGGGCUGGUAAUUCGUGUAAGUGGGUUGUGUUUGUAUUUGGUUUUGUGUUGAUUCUGGGUUGGCCUCAAAUAUAUCAAAAAUAAUAUAAAAAGUGGAAUAGUUGCAUGCCUGCAUAAUA